GCUAAACAGAGAAGACUGUCAUCGUCGUCAUGGACAAUUCGUUCCUCGCUCGGCCGUCGAUUUUCUCUGCGAACGACGUUGAGGCAGAAGCUGCUCUCGAAGUCUAUACCACGAUGAAGAUCCUGAAAGAGGAACUGUUCCGAUGGGUCUGCGAGAGACACGCGACCAACGACCGCCUGGACAGGCAGAUGCUGCGCGAGAAGGCGCUCGAAUUGGCUAAGACCUUCGGGAUUAUCGAUUUCAAAUGCUCGAAAAGAUGGACGACCAGCUUUCUGAAGGAAUACUGCAUCGCCACGGACCCAGCGAACCUGUCGCAGCUCGAUCCGGUUUUCAGGAACUACCGCAACUGGAUCGACACGAUGAGGUCCACCAUCAUUAAAUACAAGCACCGCGAUCUUUUCCACGUGGACGAGCUUAGCAUGUACUCGGACGUCCUGCCGUCGAGGAUCUCGACGUCCGGCAGAGCCGGGAAUGAUGUGGACAGCGAUGGCACGCCGCGGAAUCGAAUCACCGUCCUGAUAGGCUGCAACUCCUCGGGCUCGACGAAACUACCCCUGCUCGUCUGUGGCUCGUACUCGUCCAGGACGACCGUGAAGGAGCACGUUUACAGCCACAGCAAGGACAGUUCGAUCAGCGACGAGCUGUUCCGCGGCUGGCUGACGGACUUGAACGACCGUAUGUCGCGGGAAAAUCGAAAUAUCCUUCUGUUCCUGCGUCGGAGCAGGAAUCAAGCUCUCAGGGAUUUCCCUUUGAGCAACGUGAGCCUCGCCUAUCUGCCGAACGACUUCCCGCCGAUGCUGCGGCCGUUGCGGAAGGACGUAUUCCACUAUGUGAAGAUGAUCUUCAGACGAAGGUACGCGGAGAGGCUGAAACGACACACCUCCGAAUGGAACUUACGGGACAUCCUGAAGUCGCUGAUCGAGGCAUGGGAGACGCUGCCGCGGGAGAUCGUGGUCUGCAGCUUUCAGAGGACCCAUUUCCGGACCGACGACAGCUUCCUGCAGAUCGACUGCGAUUGCUGGACCGCCUUGGACACCGGCAUCUCCUUCAGGAGAUUCGUCACGUUCGACGACAACCUAUCGGACGAGCCACGGCCGUCCAAGAACACCGCUCGUUAUCACAGCUACAAUCUGAGAGCGAACAGGGACAUGGUGCAGAUCUGUGAGAACAGCGCGGAUUUGAUUUCCGACGAGUUCGAUCAGGCCGAGGAAACAGGGUCGAAAGAAUCUCUGGGCGUAGUCGCCCUCCGAGGUCAAGAACAGAGGGGACCACUGGCGGACAGAACUUUCGGGGAAACGGAAUUCGCCGAGCGGCGCGGAGCGUCCAGAAAAGCGCCAGCAAAUAUUAAAAAUACCUUCGUGUCGCGAGACGUUGCUGUUAGCUUCGGAGGCGGCGAGACGUUCAAACAAGACCCAUUGCUGGUGCACAGGCAGCAGAUCACGUCGAGUAACCUCGAGGGAUCGGUCCAGGCGAUCAUAGACAAAGCUUUGACGCUGACCACCACCGCGAAAAAUGAUUACGCCAAGAAAUUAAUCAGUAACAUCUACGCCUACAAUCGAGCGGAGAGGAGGAGCGCCAACAACGAUCCUUCAAGGAAACGAGACGAGGUGAACGAAGAGCCGCAGGCUUCGUCGGAAUCGAACCGACCCUCCAGUUCGGCGAGCUGUUGCGACGUAUUCGAAAAGGUCGCGCGAGAAUCUUCGGAAAAGAUUUGUUCGCUGGAAGCAAUCACUCGAACGACAGAGGAUCGUGCCGAAGAAACCUUGGUGCAGCUGUCCAACGAUGGCCAGCACACGACGGAAUUCGCGAGCAAGAAACGACGCAAGUCCUGCGGUAUGAGCGACUCGGAGGAUGAUUCGGAUAGAAGCGCGUCGGACAAAAAGAAGCCAAGGGUCGACAGCAAUUGGUCGAAAGAAUUCGAGACUAACUUCGUUUUUGGCGGACAGAAUGCCGUUAAUUGCUGCUCGGGCCACGAACGCGACGAGAACACCGUGGUUUCGUGCACCAUGAACACCACGCCCGAACGCUUGGCUUCCCCGAGAAAUUAAAGUCACGUUAGAAAAAUAUAUAGAACUCAAAGUAUGUACUGGGCAGUCGGAUUGGUUUUAAACCUUCAUCCGAUCAUAAUGGAAAUCUUUGCGAGUAGCUUUUGGGGUAAAACAGUGUGACCCCGUGUGCAUCCAGUGGAUGACGACCCGCCAUCUUGUGAGUAUAGACAUGUAGCUCGUAGAAUUUUUUUGCUGCGACACUUUCCGAAAGGUGCCAAAAUGACGAUAUUCGAAUAUUUUGUAUUCGUACGAGAAACAAAUAUAUGCUUGAAUGCUCGACGAA